UCGUCGCGGGCUUUCAGUGGAGCAUUAUGCUUUUCUUAAAGUCCUUUCUGUGAGAGAAUCAUUUACGUGAGAGAGGCAUCUUAAGAAGAUCGAUUUUUCCCAAAGGAAAACAGAAUGGCUUUCAAGAAAAGGGCCAUACAAGGUUCCAUAUUAAUUGCUGUUGCUAUGUGGACAUUAACACAGAUGUUAACGACCAGGGAAAGAGCUGCGAUCAAGAAAAAAAAUCUAGAAAACCGGGCUUGGCCAGAAUCAAGCGCAGUUAUUACAAAUGCUAAAAUGGAAGUCGUUUCUGGCAUUCAAAUAAAUGAAGAAGUAGACGGAGACUUACUUAAAAUCGGAGAUGAAGACGUAGGUAACGUACAAACAGGUGUCGAUGACAAACUUGAUGAGGAGACAGAUGUCCAAGUGCAUGAAGAAGGUGAAGGCGAAGAAGAAGAGGAAGUAGAUGAUAAAGACGCAGACGAAGUAGAGUCGCGAGCAGAAGUGGGUCUCGAGGAUCUUGGUCUGAAGCUUCGCAACUAUAGUCUCCCGGGGUGUCGCUGCGCCAGGCUGGGCAUCGACAUGGGCGACCUCCGGCGGGCGCGGGCGGAGGCCGCGCGGCGCCCCGAGAGGUUCCCGCGCUGGUUCCUCCGCCGCUUCGCCUUCGCCGGCGAAUCCACCUGCUCGGACUUCGCCACGCAGCGCGGGGGGCGCCAGAGGGUCCUGUCCUUCUGCUACUUCAUAACCAAAGGCAAAACCGUGCCGGGGACACCGCUGUACAGAAAGUACAUGAAGCAUGCAUAUAGAACGGCUGGGGACAUCAAGCGAAUCUACCCCGGCUGGCUGAUGAGGAUCUACCACAGCGUCACCGCCGAGGACCUGCAUGGCACCGAGGAGUUGUGUCGCAUCUUCUGCGACCACCCGCACGUCGACCUGUGCUUUGUGCAUGACCUGCCCGGCAUUGGGAAUUUGUCUCGCUUCGGCGUCGUUGGCAGGCUGUGGCGCUACGCCCCCAUGGGGGACCCCGCCGUCGAGGCCUUCCACUGCCGCGACAUUGACAGCUACGUCCUGGAGAGAGACGCAGCGGCCGUGAGAGAGUGGCUGUCGUCGGGCAAGACCUACCAUGCCAUCCACGACCACCCAUCAAAUAGCGCCCCUCUCAUGGGAGGUCUUUGGGGCGGCUGGAACAGGGACCUGAAGCUCAUGAAGCACCUGCGAGAAACCUUGUACAACGCAACCAUGAUGGACUUUAAACCCCUGGAUCAGGUGCUGCUGAGGAAGAUUGUAUUUCCCGCCAUCAAGGAUGACCUGCUGAACCACGCGAGCUACCCGUGCCAGGUCGCCCGAAUCGGCCCGUCGGUGCCCAUGCCGACGCAGCGCCAAGGGAUCGAGUUCUGCGGCCUCAGCGCCUUCAACCCCUACCAGGGCAUUCUCUUUCGGGAGAGGGACUGUCCCCUCGAAUGCCGCCCGAAGGAGCACCCGGACUGGGUUAAAUGCUAGACGGAGUUUUUCCUCAUCGUUUACGUCUGUUUGUCUGUCUGUCUGUCUGUCUGUCUCUCUCUCUCUCUCUCUCUCUCUCUCUCUCUCUCUCUCUCUCUCUCUCUCUCUCUCUCUCUCUCUCUCUGAAAUAUAUAGAGUGUAAUAAAUUGCAGGAAGUGUAUCUCACUAAUUUGUCACCAAUGUGAUGUUGUGACAGUUUGUGUUCCUCUGUGAAGGUACCGCUGGUUUGUUUCUUGGGAGCUGAGUCAAACUUGUCGCAAUUUCCUUACGUUCUUAGCACAGGAGUGUGGCAACUAGAGUAAAGAGGACAGGCCUGGCAGAGACGUCCAGGCAGGAGCAUCUUGCCAGGCCCGCAAAGGCGAGCGGUCUGUGAUUUUGUUAACCGAGCCGAUGCAGAAAGCAGAGUGACUUCGGCUCUGAGUUUUUGAGGUGAUCACAGGUCGUUUUUGUACAAUACAGUAUGGAAUUUUCACUGAACAUAAGAAAAUGGAAAACAUUAGUCUUUAGUGGGAAUGUCAGUGGUCACAUGUUUGGAUUGGGACACUGGAUAUGUCAGUACAAUUAAAUCGUGAACAUUUGAUAACAACAAUAUCGUCAAUAAUGAUGAUUACAAACAUAAUGAUUCAGAAUAGGUAUUUUCUAACACACAUUUUGAGCAUAAUCAGGAUGUAAGUUUACAUGUAGUUAUAAAGUGAUUAGCGAUAAGGAUCAAUAUAGUUUGCUCUGGGUGCAUUUGUCAUUGUCGUUCCGCUCUCGGCGCAGGCCAAAGUUGGCUCAGGCAGUGAGCAGUAGAGUGCUGGGUACCGUGGAAAGUCGAAGGGGGAAGGUCAUUAAAUGGCUCCACGGAUCCUCCACUAGAAGCAAAAAUUAGUAUCUUAAUUUCUCGACUUGCUUGACACAAGAGAUGCCAGUCAGUAGGUAUACCCCAGUGAUACAGAGGAAAGUAGUGAACAACAAAGCCACUUUGCUGUCUUUGUUUUGCUUUACACACUGUCUGCUUUUAUUUCAGAGGGCUGAUGUAAAGGACUACAUUGCACCAAAUUUCUAGAUAUUCAAAGCUAGACAUUCACGCAUCACGCGAGUGGAUACCCUCAUACUGGAAUAUCCUCGUGUCGAUCAAUCAGCCAAACACGCACUUUCUUGAAUAAUUUUACUUUGCAGUUACAUUAUAUCUUAAAUGAAUAGCCACUGUACCUUGUCGAUCAAACAGUCUAUUAAUGCUAUUAUAGCCACUGUCAAGGUCUGCGAUAUGAUUAGUCAUGUAAAAUUUUUGUUUUGCUCUUUACCAAUCUAAUGAAUGACGGCAACAAUUGCCAUACAACCGUACAGGCUACUUGACAAUGCCUUUAGUAUCAAGUCAAUUCUCUCUCUUCUCUCUCUCUCUAUCUCUCAUGGUUCUACUAUUUCGUAUUUUUCAGUUCGUGUUACAAGUGAUGCUUAGGAUCUGCUUAUGCUGUUAUAGCGUAUAACUACAAGACAGUUUCCGGUUUGUUUGUGAGAAACUGCAUUCCUUUGACAGAUUAUAGACUUUUUCUUGUAGAAUCCCGAAACCCCUAAGAAUUUGAUACAUUGUUGAAUGUUGGUUCGUAGUCGCUACAGAACACUGUAUCAUUGAAGUUUGAAAUGACAAACAAAGAUAUGAAAUAAGAAAAGUUGUUUUGUUUAUUUCAUAUAAUAAAAUUAAUAGAAAAC